AAGGCUAACCAAUUUGUUGAAAAAUGUUAAUGUUGAACAAAUCUUGUAGUCAACCAUACAGCAAUGAAGUGACAAAGCAGUAUCUCAAACUGAAGGACAGUGCUUUUAAUGACUAACUGCCAGUUCAGCUUCCAUAUACUUCUACUCAGGUCUAUCUAUUUCUUUUGCUUACUACAGUAAAUUUUAGCCAGACCAGAUGUCUACCUGGUGACUUAUCACUUUGUAACACAUGUCUCUAUUGUAAUUCCUUUGCCUCAUUGACAUUUUUGAACCUGUGAUUUCGGAAGACUUCAGAAACUUUCCCCAGACAUUUCUUCAACACAAUGUCAGGCAAGCAAAUUAUGGCAUUAUUGGCUGGAUUAGUGGGCUUGGGUGCGACCAUUGGUGCCACUGUGUCUAACGAGUGGAAGACCACAAGUAGGGCUUCAUCUGUCAUUACAGCCACCUGGGUGUUUCAGGGACUUUGGAUGAACUGUGCAGGAAAUGCCAUUGGAUCUGUGCAUUGCAGGCAGCACCACACCAUCUUCAAACUAGAGAGUUAUAUCCAGGUGUGCAGAGGACUGAUGAUCUCAGCUGUGUGUCUUGGUUUCUUUGCAACUGCCUGCGCUCUGGUGGGAAUGAAGUGUACCAAAAUCGGAGGAAGUGAUCAACUCAAAUCCCGGCUUGCAUGCUUUUCUGGAGUUCAGUAUUUUAUCGCUGGUCUCUGCUCUUUGACGGCCUGCUCGCUGUAUGCCCACAGGAUCAUGUCUGAAUUUUUUGAUCCCUUGUUUGUGGAACAAAAGUAUGAAUUGGGGGCAGCCCUGUUCAUUGGUUGGGCGGGAUCGGCCCUGUGCAUUCUGGGAGGGAUUGUGUUCUUUUCAUCACUGUUUGAUGGCUUCAGCAAAAGCUCAAGUAACGCUGACAGGAAACGAUAUGUCUAUAGUGCAUCCACUUAUGUUUCUAAUCCUGAGAAGGCACAAAACCAUUCAACCAAUUGCAGAAGGCCUCCAACAGAAUACAGUAGCACCUCAAAAAAUUUUGAUAAAAAUGCGUAUGUAUGAUACACAAAAGAAAGAAAAACAGCCACAUUUCCAUUGUCACAAUCAUUCUGGUGGAUAGUUGAUGUAAUAUAACAGGAAAACAGGUUAUGGGACAUUAUCCUCAAAACCCACUUUAGGUUUUUGCUAUCCAAUAGAAAACAUUCUUCAAUGUCACAUCAUCCUAAUAGGCAUCACAAUAGAAUACAGCAAAGAAAUUUAUAACAUUACAUUAUAAACAUGAAUAAAUUACAACAACAUACGUGGUAAAUAAAUAAAUAAAUAAAUAAAAUAGCUUAGAUAUUUGACAUGUUUACAAGUUGCAAGAGUUCAAAUAUCAAAUAUUAAAUGUUCAAACAUUCUGUUUUCUCCCUAGAAUUUUCUAAACCUCAAUUUAUAUACUACUGGGUCUCUACUAUAGAGUCAAAUCUAUGGGAAACCAUGCAUUAUAUGAUUUAUAGAUAUUGAUAUUGAUAGUUACUUUAAAGGUAAGUUAUUAUUUGGAAUAUUUAAGGCAGGCUUUCAAGAUAUUGAAAACAAAAUGCUUUAAAAAAUAUAAACAGCUUAGUAAUUUACUGCUGGUAAUAUUUAUUCAUUUUUGCAAAGCAUAGGUUAAAUUCGCAAAAUGUACUCUACUUAUUUAUGGAGUUGUAUCACAGAUUUAAGCCCAGACUUAUUCCUUGUCCAGGAACCUGCACAGUUAUCUGAAGAAACUAGCUAAAACACUUUAAAGACUACAAGAGUAUUUUGAAGUGAUCCCUUAAUUCCACAGCUGAGGAGCUUUUAUAGAGAACAUGUACUUCCUGUUUUUUCUGUAAUUUCAGAUUCAUCAGUUUGCAUUGUCAAAUAUCCUGCCAGAAGUGGCUUCUGUGGUUGUUGAGUAAAAUUCUUUUGGGAAGCCUUUGAGUAGAAGGAGAUGUUGGUCUGACAAAGAGUGCAGUUGUGAUUUUCCUGUUUAUAGUUUAUUGUUGUUUUUUUUCUCUUCAUCUUCAAGUUGUACCCCACAGUUGUUUCCAUUGUUAUUACAUUAUUAAUGUCAUUUUAUUUUACAUUUAAAAUUGUAUUAACACUUUACAUGAAAGGCGCUAUUUUAAUAAUAUGUUAUGUUCUUAAUAACUAACCAAUUACCAGUAAUUAUUAUAUUUGGUCAACUAUUCAUCAAACUUAAUUAAUAGUUAGUAGAAGAUUAAGCAUUUGUCAUGAGUUAUUAAGUAACUAUAAUUUUAGGUUUAGUAUUUUAGCAGACUAUCAAAGUAUGACAAGCUUUUACAUCAUUAGAAUAAACAUAAAACAAAGAGAUAAAAACAAAACAAACUGAGAAGACAACCAGGGGCAAGGAAGUCUUAUAGAAUGAAGAGUCCAAAUUUAUGAUUUUUCAUUCUUACAAGUACCAGAAGGUCCAAAAACACAGUUGGUGGUAGCUUUCUUAUGACAGAGGAUGCAAUUAAACCAAUUAUGCAGGUAAAGCCAUGCUUUCAACAUAAUUGAAACUAUGUGAAAUCAUGUGCACAUGUAAAAGCCAUACUUCAUUGUGCGCGGAACAAUUUAGCACAGUACUACUAUAGUGUUGCAUUUUAUUAUUAAUGAAUUAAUGAAUUAAAGAAUUAUUGAUGAAAUUUUGUUUUUUUCCUAAUGAUACUCUAUAUGGUGUUAUUUGCAAUAAAAUCUAAACAUCCAACAAAGCCGUCAUCAUAUUCUUUUGGUAGGAGUAGAACCUAAAACAACACCACACUGUCAGAGUGCCAACAUCUGUAUAACAAAUCAAAAAGUCUCUCAAGCUUGUCUGGCCUGUGAAUGAUUUGUGAACUGCUUUCUUCAAAAACCCAUGACCAGUAGACCUUAAACUCUGUGUUGAUUUAUUCAGUUCAUUCGUUUUCCAUCUGUUUUUUUAUUAACUUUUCUUAAGCUCCAUAAAGUAACUUAAAUAUGCAUUCUACAGUGCCAGUUUGGAGUCAUUGGCAUACAUUGUGAAAAUAAACAAAAGUUACAAAA